CGGAACUCGAAGAAUUAUUGUGUCCUAAAUUCUGCGCAAGAAAUGGUAAGGAUUCCUUCCGGGAAGAAUUGGAACCGAAUGAAACUGAAAGAUUAGAAAACAGAUUAUCCUGUGCAUCUCCAAGUUUGGCGUGUCAGAAUGGUCCGCUAUGUGAAAUUUUGGUGGGGAUCGACAAACCUAAAAUUUGUCAACUACCUUGCGACUAUGAACAAUCAAAAAAAAUCCCGAAGAACUGUCAAGAAAUUUUGAAGGAGGAUUCUCUAGAAAGUGGAAUGUAUCUAAUAAAACCAAAUGAAGCAUCCGAGCCAUUUAGAGUUUUAUGUGACUUGAAAUUGAAUGGAGGCGGCUGGACUUAUAUUCAGAGACGAUUUGAUGGUUCACAAGACUUUGAUUUGGGUUGGCGUGACUAUAAGUUUGGAUUCGGAACUUUAUUAGGAGAGUUUUGGAUUGGACUUGAAAAUAUACAUGCACUAACAGGUUCUGAAACCAAUGAAUUGGUAAUAGAAAUCACUGGAAAAGAUGGGAAAAAUGUUUAUGCCAACUACAAAACAUUUAAAAUUGAUGGAGAAGAUAAUGGAUAUCGACUCUCUGAACUGAAACAUUUCGUCGGUAGUGCUGGAGACUCCCUAUCUUUUCACCUGGGGAGCAAAUUCAGUACCAAAGAUAUCUUUUUUCCCGAAGGAAACUAUAAUUGGCCGAAGAAGUGUAAGGGUGGUUGGUGGUAUAAUGAUGGCUUCCAUAGUAGCUUGAACGGUGCUUUCCUGAAUAACACUUUCAUUCCUGAGAAACAUGAAGGGCUAUACUGGAAAACAUUCGAAGAUAAUCAAUAUGUAUAUCCCAAAACGAGGAUGAUGGUCCGGCCUGCCAAUGACUUCUGGUACGAGCAAAGAAAACUAAGAUUGGGAGAUAUAACUAAAUCAUUUGAACAUUAACAUAGAAUAAAAACUUCAAGAAUGUCUUUCUGAUGUAUUUUUCGAGGCUCUCCUACUGGCUGCAUCGAAUUUAAUAUGUAUAUAGUCCAAUGCAGAUUUGAAAUCAAACUGUAUACAACUGUAUUCCACAAAUAAACAUUUUUCAGGCCUA